AGAACAUCACAUGUUAACAUUGUGAGCCUUGUGGGAUUUUGUUUUGAGGGUCACAAAAGAGCUCUUGUAUAUGAGUUCAUGCCAACUGGAUCUCUUGAAAAGUUUAUCUAUUAGGAAAAAUCCAACAGUGUUCGCCAAUUGGGUUGGACAAUAUUGUACAAAAUUGCACUAGGCAUUGCUCGAGGAUUGGAGUACUUGCAUCGUGGUUGUAACACUCGGAUAUUGCAUUUUGAUAUAAAACCUCAUAAUAUCCUACUUGAUGACAACUUUUGUCCUAAAAUCUCUGAUUUUGGUCUUGCUAAAUUGUGCAUGAAACAGGAGAGUAUCAUGUCAAUGUUAGGUCCACGAGGGACUAUCGGCUAUAUUGCUCCAGAAAUUGUUUGCAGAAACUUGGGAGGUGUCUCUCACAAGUCUGACGUCUAUAGCUAUGGAAUGAUGGUCCUAGAGAUGGUUGGAGGAAGAAAAAAUGUUGAUGUAGGAGUUGAUCGCACGAGUGAAAUCUACUUUCCACAUUGGCUCUAUCAGCGAAUUGAACUAGACGAAGAGCUUCAAUUAAUCGGGAUAAUGAAUGAAGAGGAGAAAGAAUGUGCAAGAAAGAUGGUGAUGGUGAGUUUAUGGUGCAUACAGACUGAUCCCUCAAAUCGACCAUCUAUGAGCAAGGUUGUGGAAAUGUUAGAAGGGAAACUAGACUCAUUGCAAAUGCCUCCAAAGCCUUACCUAUAUUCUCCCUCAAGAACCGAGGUAGAUUCAUCAGCAGUAGAACUGAUCUAGUCAUUGUAGCUGGAGCCUGGAUGUGUUAGCUGUUAUUUGUGUAGUCUUUUUUUGUUAU